GCUCUGCGGGGUCAGCCUUUGGGGCGCGGUGGGGGGUGACGCUGGGGCUCUCCAUCCUCUUAUCCGGACGGGAGAGCGGGGCGAGGGCGGGCGGGGACCCCGCUGCCACCUCGGGGACGCGGGGACGCCGGAGCUCGGGCAGAGGGGCUGAGAUCCCGUCCUGCCCCGUGGGGACGGGGGGUGACGGCCAUGUCUGAGGGCUGCCGCCUCGUCCUCCUCCUCCUCCUCGCUGCGGAGGGAGGAAUGCUCGGAGGAAUUAAUGAGACAGAUCUGGCUUUGUUGCCGGCCCCAUCCUCCUAUCUCCCGGCCCUGCCAAGAAAUCCUUCGGGAAGCAGAGUGCCGUUAACCCCUUCCCCGCUGCGCCGCGGGGCUUUGCUGCGCCCAGAUCUGGGAUCCAUUUAUGGCACCUCUAAGAGGAGCGGGCGGCUUCACCCCUCAUCCUGGCCGUGGUGACCGGAGCGGGGCUCUGCCGUGUCCCCCCGUGGGGCCGGGGGGUGACGUGUGGCUCUGGGCUCCUUUUGGGGUGCCCCCCAGAGACCCUCACGUAGGGCGGAGGCUGUGACCCCGGUGGCUUUGGGUUUGGGGCCGCCGUUUGGGGCCCUGCGUCACUGCUGUGGUGGGGCUGUGGGGCCUCUGCUUUGCGGGGCUGUAGGGCCGCUCCCACCGGCCGGCCCCAGGCCCUGCGCUUAGGGCUAUUUAUAGGGCCGCCGCUUAUAUCUGUGCUAUUUCUGCCCUGCUUGGGGAUGGCGCAAGGAAGUGACGAGACGGCUCCAGCCCAACCCAACGGGGACGACUUUGUCACCCUCACUGUCACCUCCGACCCUAUGCACGCUUAUUUGGGUGCCGUGGGCUCCUGCCCCGGUCCCUUGUCUGGGGCUGCGUGAGGAGGAGGGGUGACAUAGCUCCUCCAUCACCUUUGUCUCAUUGGUGCCGCUGUCACUGGAGGGGGCACGGGGAUGGUGGCAUCGCGGGUGGCCUCUGUGGCGCAUCACUGCUGGGGACAGCAGUGCAGGGACAUCUCCGGUGCUCAGUGCCUCUGGGACCUGGGAUCUCCAGGACGUUUGUCCUGCCUCCAGCUUCUGCCAGUCCAGCCACACUGGGAUGCACCGGUUGGGCUGCGGGAGGCUCAGACCCAGCAGGGAAGCAGAUGAUGGGGACAGCAUGUAGAUGGGAUGGGACACCACAUAGAUGGGAUGGGACACCACGUAGAUGGGAUGGGACACCACAUAGAUGGGAUGGGACAUCACUUAGACGGGAUGGGACACCACGUAGAUGGGAUGGGACAUCACCUGGAUGGGAUGGGACACCACCUGGAUGGGAUGGGACACCACCUGGAUGGGAUGGGACACCACAUAGACGGGAUGGGACACCACAUAGAUGGGAUGGGACACCACGCAGAUGGGAUGGGACAUCACAUAGACGGGAUGGGACAUCACCUGGAUGGCAUGCCAUACCCACAUCCCCCAGAGGCUUUUGGCAGCCUCUCAUUGCGCAGUGCCCUCGCUGCCCACCACCAGGCAGUCCUCGUUAAGCUUUAAUGAGGACAAAUGAGCUGGCAUGGGCCGUGGCUGCAGGCGCGCUGCCUGGGCGUGUGCCGGGCAGCAGCUUGGGGAGGCAGCCAGCGGGAUGUCAGCAUGGCAGUGCCAGCACUGGGAGCUCAGCAGUUCCGUUGGGAUGAAGGAAAAAGGCGAUGUCACCGUGCUGGGCAGCUGGCUCUGCUCCCUGCUGGUGUCAUCGGGGUGGGGGGUGACACGGCACUCCUGCUGCCAGCUCCCUGCCGUGGUGCAGUGAGCAGCAGGAUGUUGUCCCCGGGUUGGUGAUGGGGGAAUGCUGCCCAGUGCCACCUCCUUGCGGCACAGUGGGGUGGCAGGGUGCACCAGUGACAUCUUGGGGUUGUAACGGCCCUCCAAGGCUCUGCCUCGGUGCUUUUCUUCCUGAACCUUGCCUGACCUCCCUCUAAAAGCAGCAGCAAACAGGAAGGGAGCCGGGAGGGAGGCGUCUUUUCCUGCAGCACUGACGGCAGCCCUUCCCAGCUGGGAUGGGGCUGUGCUGCUCCAGCCUCCUCCUUGGGAGCCAUGGCUAUGGUCAGACAAAGGGCAGGACCCGAAGUUCACAUCUGUGCUGCAGAUGGGCCACGGGGUCCCAUGGCUCUGCAGGGACUGGGACGUGGGUUCACGCUGCCCUCAUUGCUCUGCAAAGGGUUUUUCCCUGUCAUUGUACCUCAUCCAGCCCCUCAGGAUGUGGAAACACGUGGGCUACCCUCACGCCCCGCUGGUUUUAAUGCCAAAUUCCUAUGGGGCCUGAGGAACAUGGUGCUGUUCCAGAUGCCAGUGCCGUGCCCUUGGGUUCCCACGUGGAAAUGGCACCCAAGCAGCCAUCCAGCACCCUACACAGAGCCUCAGCUGAAGGCGGCUUCCUCACAGCGCAGGCUAGCAAACUCAGGGCUGGCAAAUCCUCUGCUAGUGGGAGUUCAAAACUCAACUAAAUUAAAAUAAAGCCGCCCAGAAGAGAGCAGCAGCGACGUGAGUUCUGGUCAGUUGUGUCAUGCUUAUCAAAGGGGCCCCUUCCCUGCACAGGGGACGGAUAGAUGGAUGGACGGACGGACGGACGUCCUCCCUUCCCCGGCCCUUGAGGCACGCAGUGGGGCAGUGCCGUCAGCCCAUGGGCAGGGGAAGCGUGGGAGGGGACAGCCAGCACCAAACCCUCAGUCCCGGCAGUCCUGCAGCAUGAGAGCCUGCUGGGCUCCUCCGCUCCCCGCUGCACCCCGCCAUGAACGACAAGCAGAGAGGGAGGCCCUCCAGGUCACACUCAACGAUGUCGCUGUCUGUGCGGCCGCAGCGCCGAGUCCUCGUCGCCAAGAUCAAUAGGAGCCAGUCGUUUGCCGGGGUGAACUCGACAGCAGAGCGGCCCUUCAGCAGGAACCUCUCGCCCUUCACGCCCACCGUCUCCCGCAAGACUGGCUCCAGGGUCAGUAGGAUGUUCUCAAUGUCCCACAAAUCCCCACCACCCAAGGUGCCUCAGCCCAAUCGCCUAGAUGAGGUGUACGAAGCGCUCAAGAAAGGUCUGACGGCCUACCUGGAGGUCCACCAGUUGGAACUGGAGAAGCUCAGCACCCAGAUCCGUGAGUCCAAGAGGAAUUCGCGCCUGGGCUUUCUCUACGAUCUGGAUAAGCAAGUGAAGUCAAUCGAGCGCUUCCUGCGUCGCCUGGAGUUUCAUGCUAGCAAGAUCGACGAGCUGUAUGAAGCCUACUGCAUCCAGCGGCGGCUCCGCGAUGGGGCCCACAACAUGGUCAAAGCCUACAGCACGGGCUCACCGGGCAGCCGAGAGGCACGUGAGAGCCUGGCUGAGGCCAGCAAGGGCUACAAGGAGUACACGGAGAACAUGUGCCUGCUGGAGAAUGAGCUGGAGAGCCAGCUGGGAGAGUUCCAUGUCCGGAUGAAAGGGCUGGCAGGUUUCGCCCGGCUCUGCGCUGGUGACCAGUAUGAGAUCUUCAUGAAGUACGGGCGGCAGCGGUGGAAGCUGCGGGGACGCAUCGAGGUGAACAGCAAGCAGGUGUGGGACAGCGAGGAGAUGGUUUUCUUGCCUCUCAUCACCGAGUUCCUCUCCAUCAAGGUGACGGAGUUAAAGAGCCUGGCCAACCACGUGGUGGUGGGCAACGUGUCCUGUGAGACCAAGGACCUCUUUGCAGCUCUCCCCCAGGUGGUGGCGGUGGAUAUCAAUGACUUGGGUACCCUCAAACUCAGCCUGGAGGUGACCUGGAACCCCUUCGACAAGGAUGACCAGCCCUCGGCAGCCAGCACCGUCAACAAGGCCUCCACGGUGAACAAACGCUUCUCCACCUACAACCAGAGCCCACCUGAUACGCCGUCCCUGCGGGAGCAGGCUUUCUAUAACAUGCUGCGGCGUCAGGAGGAGCUGGAGAACGGCACAGCUUGGUCCAUCUCCUCUGAGUCGUCAGAUGACUCCUCCAGCCCCCAGUUGUCCAGCAGCACUCGCCACGCCGCCCACAAGCCCAUCGUGCAGCCCGAGGUGCAGGCCUCGGCCCCUGCCAUCGAGAUCUCCUUUUCACAGCAGCAGGAGGAGACUGGGGCUGGCGGUGGCAUCCCCAUUGGGACAGAUCUGCCCGGGCCCCCAGAGGAGCAGGAUGGCUGCAAGAAGGAUGCUGUGGCCAAUGGGCAUGUGCCCUACACCCGGACUCUCAGCCACAUCAGUGAAGCCAGCGUGGAUGCGAGCAUGGAGGCCAAGGCUAUGGAGAGCCCAUGGGAGCCCUCUCCCAGCCUGGAGGAACACGAUGCAGACAAGCUGGACGAUGACUCCCUCCCUGGUGCCUCGAAUUCGGUGCCAGAGACCUGGGCAGGAAAAGACAGCGGCCCUGAGGCCAAACCACGUGCCAUGGUGGCAUGGGCUGAAACCUGUGAGGUGGAAGCUGAGCCAGCAGCAAGCCCAGCACCAGCGCAGGACGUUUGUGGAAGUGAAGCCCCCACGCCGGCCGUGGUGUUGGCACAGGCCCCCGCAGAGGAGGGACCCGUCCCAGCCCCACACUUGGCCACCAGCCCCCCAGCGGUCCCAAGGGUGAAGGCCGUGGACUCAGGGCUGGAGGAGGCCAUCAGCCUCCUGGCCUCAGCCCUGGAUGACUAUCGGGGACAGUUCCCAGAGCUGCAGCCCCUGGAACGGGAGCUCAAACAUCUGGAGGAGAUCCUGCUGCACAAGCAGGGUGUGUUCCUCAGCCGGGCCUCCAGCAUCAGCCUCACAGUGGAGCAUGCUCUGGAGAGCUUCAGCUUCCUCAACACCUCUGACAUGGAGGACUCGGAGGGCUCAGAGGAAGAGGCUCUGCAGGAUGAGAGGAGGGCCAGCAGAGCGCGGCGUGCAAGCAGGGCUCCCAGUGCUGGUGAGGUGGGAGCAGAUGAUACUGGAACGUGCAGCGGCUCUGAGGGCAGUGCAGACCCCAUGAGCACCAGCAAUGAGUUCCUGGAUAAGGCCCUGGUGCUCCACCUCCACAACUGCAACCGCCUGCUGCUGAACCUGGGCACCUUUGGGCCUCUGAGGUGCCGGGAGAUGUUUGCCCUGGACAGGCUGCUGCGGGAGGCACAGGUGCUGGAGAUCGUGUGCCAACUGAUGGAGGAGCGGUCGGAAGCAGCGGGCUCUGCUGCCGGAGUGGUGCAGUUCUCAACGCGGAAAGAAGGGGUGCUGCCCCUCUGGGACCACUGCGUGGAGCUGCCCAACAUCUACACCUGCCCUGUGGAGCGGUUCCUGCAGGUGCUCAGUGCGCAGUAUGCAGCACCCAUCAGUGAGCGGCACCCAGGACUGGCAGAUGCAGUAUGUGUGAAGCUGGUGGAAGAUGUGCUGAACCGGCGGCUGCCACGGCGACCUGGUGGCACCCAGGGUGAGCAGGUCACCAUCUUCCAGUACUGGAGCCACUUUGAGUCCCUCGGUGCCCUGGUGCUCGACAACUACGUGAUGGAGCUGGCAGAGGAAGUGCUGCUGGCACAGAACCUCAACUCAGAUGACCAGGACGUGGUGCUGCGGGCACUGAAGCGUGUGCCUGAGGGCCGCCUGAAGAAGGAAGGGCUGAAGGCGCUCAGCUUGCUGCUCGUGGAAGGAAACAGCAAAGUGGUGAGCGCCGUGUCGGCGCAGCUCCGCAGCCUGGCGGAAAACCCCCGCUUCCGCCAACGGGCCCUCGUGUGCUUCCUGGGACAGCUGGAGGAUGAGGAGGUGCAGAUACGUGUGGCCGGCUGCGUGGCGCUGGGCUGCCUCAAGGCCAAGGAGAGCAUUGAGCAGCUGGUCUACCUGUGCCAAACCGACAAGGAGCCUGUGCGGGAGGCAGCCAAGCAGAGCCUGAUGCUGUGUGGGGAAGACGGCAAAUCAGCACACCGGCGACUGGAGGAGACCCUGGACAGCCUCCCACGGAUUUUCGCACCAGCCAGCAUGGCCAGCACAGCUUUCUGAGAUGCCACAUAGAGCCACCCGCCAUCCCUUGAGGACGAAGGCACUGCUGGGCUGCACUUGGGCUCGCAAAGACUGGGCCCAGCUGACGGCCCUGCUCACAGCAGCACUGCAGCAUCACCCCCGCCGGCAGCUCGCCACGGCCGCACACUGCCUUACGGAGCACCGCUUCCCCUGCCCCAAACACCAGCCGUGCAGGGUGCCACACGUGCACCCCUGGGCGAGGAGGGGCUCGCUGCACACCCCACCCUUCGACUGCUAUUGAAAACACACAGGGAACCCACCCUUCGUGCUACAGCUGCUGGGAUUGGAGCGGCAGGGAGACGCACCGGAUUCCUCUGCCACUUGCCUUCCCGUUGCUUGGGGCCACGUGCCCUUUCCUGGAAGGACUCACACUCUGGAAGCGAUGCUGUUUCUUUCCAGAAGUCACCUGGGCUGGGAGGGAACCGCUGCCCUUUUGCCACCUGGAAGUCCAUAGGACUUAAAUAAAAUGAGAUAUGAGAUAUAUUAAUAUAUUCUGCUGGCGUUUCUUCUUUCCAGCUCUGCAUGCUCCUGUCCCUCCCGGCGGUGGAACACAGUGAGGCACAGCCCCAGCCCAAAGCCCUUCCCCUCUGCUGGGGAGGGCAGGGCAGGAGGAGUGACAGAGGGACGGACAGAUGGACACUGCCACCCUUUCCUUUCGUUAUUGUUUGUUUUAUUUUAUUUUUUAUUUACAAAUUUUUUUUGCAGAAAAAAGCACCAAGUUCUUUUCUAUGAUGUCUCUAUAAAUCUAUAUAUAAUGUAAUUACAGAGAAUGACUAAUUUUGAUUUUAAACCAGAAAUAAAAGCAAACCUUUAAUGAGCGUUGGUGUUGCUGUGUGGGUGUUUGGCCCCUGUGCCAAGGGGCAGGGAUCUACGGCCUGGGGAUGGCUCUCUGGAUGGACACAGCUGGCUGUUUCUCAGGUGAGGAUCAACCUUCCGGUCUUACCAACAGUAUAGCAGGCAUCUCUUUUAGCAGAGCAAGGAGUCUUCAGUUUCUCUGAGCUAUGUGAGGGUUACCAAGAUGCUGCAGAGCAUGGGAAGCCUCACCGAGGUGCCACACUGCAGUGGGCAGAGCAGGGUCACAGCUGAGCUGCGCUCAGACCUGGGAAGGGACAUGGCCUUCUGUUCCUCCCUAUUCACAUGGAGUUAGCUUGAGCAGGCUGCUCAGGACCACAUCAUGUCAGGUUUUGACUGCUGCUGUGGAUGGAGAUGCCAGAACACUUCUGUGCCACCUUUCUAGUAGUCAGCCACUCUCACACAAAAAGCAUUUCUUUAAUUUAAAUGGAAUUUUUGUGUUUUGUUAUCAGUAUUUUCAUCCUGUCACAGGGCAACACUGAGGAGCAUCUGCCUGUCUUCUUUACCCACCACCAAGCAUUGAGAGAUGUGGAUAAGAACAACUCCAAGCCUUCAUUCUUCCAGGCUCUUUUUUUAUAUGGCAGAUGCUUCAAUCUUUCAACCAUCUUAGCAGCCCUCACAGUUCUGAGGGGGGAGUAGGUUAAAGCAGCAAAAUGCCCCAACAGCCAGCAGAGGCAAAGACCCCUGGGGUCAGCUCCAGCAGUACCUCACUGGGUUUCUCAGCAAAGUCCAGCAGUUUACAGCCUCCAGGACCUCUUAUCCUUACUAAAACUCCUUUGCCAGGCUGCCUUGGACUCUGUGUUCUUAUCCUGCUGGCUCUGCCUGCCCGCUCUGCCCUUGCAGGGAACCCAGAUGUCCCAGGGAGCUCAGGCUCUUGGGUUGUUCUGUUUUGGUAGCGAGCUGCUAGUGGAGGUGCAUCAUAAGAGCCUGCAAAAGGGAUGACAGCAUGCCAUGGUGCACAGGGUGUCCCAAGUGGGACAUGUGCUUCCUAUAAGUGGUUGGGAAGCACCAUGUCAGCAGCAAGGGCACUCAGGCAUCUCUCAUACUGGGGUGUGCUUUAGUACCAUAAGCCUGCAAAGUCAGGAGGAGGCUGGAGGCAGCUCUGGUCAGCUCUCUGCCACCCAGGUCUGUGCUGGAUAUCUGGGACACAGUAGCAUCAAGCAGACGCAGCACCACCUCAGCAAGCCUGACAUCUGUCAGGGUGCUGCCUUCAGAGCAACCACUUUUGGAUGUGGCUUUAUCUGCAGACAGGAUUGCAGGAAAGGUACAGGCAGGAGAUGCUUUGCUCCAUCACUGCUAGCUUAGCAUUAUUCCACACACUUGGGGGUUGGACAAGCCUCGGGCCAAAAGCACAGUAUUUCUCCCAAAGCUCUGAACCAUGCUCUCAGCUGCAGGCAGCAGGAGUGAGGAUAGGGGUCCUCACAACAUGCUGCAGUUGGGAAAUAGCCUGUGGACAGAAAGACCUUGAAGGUAUUAAGUGGCCCAGACUUCUAUGUUUGGUGUCAUUUCUUUUUCCCCCAACUAACCCCUGGAAAUACGAACAGUUCAGUGCUCCAGCAGCCUAUGUGGGUGUUCUCCUUGCUCUGCCAAAGCCUGGCCCCAUCCCUGCAGCAGAAUACCAUCCUCCAGGAUAAGCUGCACCUUGGCUGCAGAGAUUGGAGCAGGAAAACAGCCUUCUGUCAGGGCAGGCAGGGUGCUGCACGUCAGUACAAAAUGACUCUGCUCCUGGAAGUCCUAGGAAUAAUCUCACU